AAGAAAAGAUGGCGCAUUUAUAACACGUGAGAGGGAGGAUGAAAAAUGGAUAAAUAUCUCGGUAGCAUCAUUGACACUGAUGAAGCAGUAAUUGCAUUUCACUAAUAUGGAAAGGUUGCAUUGUUGGUAUUCAUACAAAUGAGCAGCUGUUGAUGACAAAUCAGAUGCAGUUGACAAGACACUGAUAAAAUGGCUCACCCAAACAAGGAAAUCUAUCUUUCUGAAAACAACAUUGUCCAGUCUGAAAUAGACGAAUCUGGUAAUCUUGUGUUUUAUGUGAUGCCAGAGAAGUCUGUACAGCAGGGCCCUACUACAGAUCUGAUUUACAAUGUAGUUGAGCAGCACAGACAGUGUGAUGAAAUAGGCGCUAGUUCUGUCCUUGAUUCUGACCCACAGCUGAUUGCCAACCCAAGUGCUACUAUGUCCAUGGACGCAAAGGGCACGGUUUACCAAUACCAGUAUACAGUGCCGGCGCCAUCAGUGGAAAACUACCAGAUACUUCUUGAAGAUGGGGCAACAAACUCUAAUAUGGAGAAAGUUCGUGUGGAGAGGGUCAAUUCAGUCGAACAAUUUCCAUCUGAUAACUUGACUUCCACAAUUUCAGCAGAUAUGUUGAACGACAGUACUACCGCAGACAUCAUCUUGGCUUCCGCUGGACCUGACAUUGGUAACACUUCUACUAUACAAGUGCAGACCUUUCCAUCCCGGGACUGUGGCACUAUGAUUUCCACACCAUUUACUCCAUCAAAUGUGUCUCUUCAUAACCAGCUUAUGCAGGAUCCAUCUAAUUUAGAAGAUGCACAGCUACUUAACAAUUUCAGUGCUGAGGCCUUAGAAAGUUUACAGUCAUUAUUGGAUGUAGAUGUAGACACCACUAUUACAACUACAACAGAGGAGCUGAUGGAUUCAGCCUUUGAAACACGACACACGUCCAUCAGCCAUCAGGGUAACAUCAACUCACACCAAACAAACCUAGAACGACACGUUAACCAAAGGCUGACAAAUGAAGGAGCUUCAUUUAGUGAAAGUCAUGGGGAUGUGAGAAGAUCGAAAAGGGUUUUAGCAAAGACUCGUAACCAAGGAUAUAAAAAGGCUUUAUCUUUUGAAUCAAUAGCUGAGCAGGAAAUGAGAGAAAGUAUAUCUGCCAAACAGAGAUUCUCUCGAGGUACCCAGCAAGAGAUAAUUGGUGAUGAGAAAUUCAUGAAAGAGGAAGAUGUAAAUGUGGUGAAAAAAAGCGUGAGCAGUUUUCGCCCCAAUUUCUCUUCAUAUCCCUCAACAUGUAAAUGUAAGCAUAAAUCAAAAGGGACAGACAUUCCAGUGGAACAAAUCUGGUUACACAAGAAUCAAAUGUACUAUUUGCCUCAGAUUAACAUUUUGGUGAUAAGUUAUGAGGAAUUUGUUGGCUUUCUUCGUAAAGACAAGUGGUAUGUCAGUGUUGGCGAGAUAACACAUAGACUGAUUCCUAACUUUCGUAAUGAGGUAGAGUCAUAUCUUGUUAAAAAUGUGUGUGACAAACAGUUUCUUUCACUUGAGGAAAUAGAAUAUCUCAAGCAGAGAAAGUGUGUCAAUCACGGCAUGAAAUCUGGUAUCAUGAUCUCUUUGGACACACUAAGAGAGAUGUGCAAGUUUCUAGCCAGUACCAAAGCAUUCAUACAGGCGCCAACAACAGGACUGUCUAAUGCUGCUCAUGGUAACAUCUACAGAAAGUUACUGGAAAAGAACACCAGAUGUUCCAAAUGCGGUGGUGCAGUCUGGGAUGUUAACACUAUAGAUAGGUACGUACUUGUGGACUCCCUUGAAAUACACCAUCAUACGAAAAUCCAGGACCCUGCUUCACAGCAGAUCUCUCCACAGAAGUCCAUGUAUAUUGGAGAGGUUACCAUAGGAAAGAUAUUUUUUCAGUCUUUCAAACUAGAUGAGUUGAUUUACAUUUCUCUCAAGGAAAUUGUUGAGUGUCAGGUGUUCAACCUCCAAAUACUCCAGUCAAGACUUGUGCAGCUACAAUACCGACCACGUCCAGCACCCACCGCAGUUGAUAGCUACUUUCUCAAAGUUAACUCGGAAGUGAACCAAACAUUGUGGAUCGACCUGAUGACGUUGCGCUGCGUCUGUUGUAUGAGUCGACUACGCUCCCCACCAUCGCAGGUUGAAUUAUUACUACAGAUGUUCUCAAGGGGUCAAUAUACCUGUAGCUUUGACACCGAGAUAACUGCUGUUGAUGAUUAUGACUCCGUUAAUAACGAGACUGUGUAUACGUUAGAUCCUCAUUCAUACAAGAUCACUACCAAACAUAAUUACACAAGUUCUGUCAAUGCAAGUGCAAGCCGUAAAGUCCAGUGUUCAUCGUCUACUGAGGAAGAGAAAGGGCAAGACACUACAAGAGUAGAUUUGAAUAGUGACCUUCCUUUGAAACCCAAGAUGAAGGCUCGUAAAGUGACUGCAGUCAGAUGUUCACCCCAAAAACUGGAAUCAUUGUCCCUCAAGCCAGGCGUGUACUAUUUUUCUGACAAGAACAGUAUUGUGGAGUUCCUGAAAGAUGGAUCAGGGGAGAGGACUGUCCUAGAGGAAUUAGAGAGUCAAAUCACCGAUCAGAAAAUAUCCACAAAAUCCAAAUCCAUUAAGUUCCAGGUGAAACCUGCUCCAAAUAAAGUACCACACCUACUGAGGAACGAGGUAAAAACCUAUUCACGCAAAAAAGAGGAAAAUAAAAAGACACAUGCUGCACCCAAGAGAGGCUACAAGAGAAAGUUCAAGGACUUGGAAGUGGACACAAACAUCACAAAUAUUAAAAAAGUGAGAGGUGUUCCAUGUUCUGAGGAUAAAACAAGGAAGGAAAGUGAUGUCUCGAGCUCAGUGCCGUUUUAUGCACCUCCCCUAUCAUCACAGCAUGAUAUUCAUGAAAAGAAUGCAUCCGUGUAUAAUAUACCAUCAAACCAUCCUUGUGAUCAUGGCCAAGUGGAGAGUCCAGAAGUUCAGAACAAGAAUGUGGACAGUACGGCAGCCAAUAAUAUGGAAGAAGAGGUGGAGUAUCCACAUAAUGGAAUUGAUAGAGUUUGUUUUGAAAGCCACCCUGGGUCCGCAAAGCAGUACUCUCAGGAAUCAUAUAUGCAGGACACAGGAAAGAUGAAUGAUGUUCAGGAGGACAGCUGUGAUUUCUACAAUGACAAUGACUUUGAAGAAAUUGAAGAAGAGUCUACCUAUUUAAACACUGAUGAUAAGGCUAACAAUAACCUGCCAUCUGGAAGAACAAUAGUGUCAAAAAAUCAUAUCUCCUCUCCUGUUCCUUCAGAUAUUUCAAAAGUCAAGCAUCAGAAUUUGUCUGCAUCAACACCACGAUCUUCAAGGAAGGGAAUGCAAAGGGCUAUUACUCCAAUAAAGACAUUCCUUCAUUCAUCAGAUUCAGAGCCAUUGUCAAGUGUGCCCAAUGUACAUUUGACAGAACGGACUAGUAAUUAUGAACAUCCAUUUUCCCAAGGGCAUUCCAUAGAAG